AUGACUUCCUACAUGUAUUAUCCAAAUUACGCGGCACCGGGCCCAGUCCCAGCCUCCCAGCAGCGUCAACCGUUCCACGGUCAUUCGCAGUCUAUGGCGGCCCCCACACUCGCCAAUUAUGGGUACUACCAGGCACCACAGCCUUUGCAACCUUACUACCAGGCCCCCCAGCACCCAUACCAUCACCAACAUUCCUCUAGUUACCAAAUGGUAAUGCCUCCUCCAGGUAUGGGUUAUAUGGCUCACCCUGCUGCAGCUCCUGCAGCGGCCAUGCUCCCACAGCUACAAACACAAUAUCAGCCUCAAAUGCCGCAGUUUCAACCUCAAUCUCAAACUCGUCAAGAUGAAUCCCAAGUCAAUGGCGGCGUGCGCGAGUUCUUAGAUUACGAUCUAGACUCGAUGUCUGAAUUUGUUGUCAAGAAUGCUUAUUUGGUUUUUGACAAUGACGAGGCGUUGAACGUUGAAUCAACCAGUGUUUUGGACAUUUUCACGAAAGGUGUUAGCUCCGUUUUGAAUGCUACAAGAUUACCAUCCGUGACUGUCUUCAUGGCUUUGGACUUCCUUUGCAAAUACGUUUCCAAACUUCCAGCCGGUAUCGAUGCGCUUGGCGGUGAUUCCGUGAACGUUAUCUACCAGAAUUUGAUGGUGGCCCUUGUGCUAGCCAAUAAGUUUAAUGAUGACAAAACCUUUACCAACAAGUCCUGGUCACAUGCAACCGGCAUGGAACUCUCUGUUAUCAACAAGUUCGAAAGAGACUGGCUUGCAACAUUUGAGUGGAGACUGUUCGAUGACAAUUUUAUUUUGUUCGAUGAUUACACAAAAUCCUUCGAGCAUUUCUGUCAAGAGAAGAGAACCGCUUCUGUUAGCAAUUACGACAUACCGUCCUUACCUACGCCAGGAAACUACAGCUCAGGGCUGUCUCCAAACCAGCAAAUGUCUUCUGGAAUUCAAACCCCUGUUCAGGUACCUUCUAUGGUCUACUCCUCUCCUUCGUACACUGAGGAGAGAAGUGCCACGAGCAACUCAUUUUACCAGCCUUCUUAUGCGUCUCCAACUUUAAAUGAAAGCCCACUACCAAAGAGCAACUUCAGUUGCAACAACAGCUACAAUUACUGUAGCGCCCCAUUGCAAGCACCAGCUCUUGCUCCUGUUUGGGGUGGUCAGCCCGAGGACUUUUUUGCUCAAUCUCAUUACGCUUCUUCAAACAAACCCUACUACUGCUACUCUCAUUGA